GCAGUGAUGUAAAUCCUCUGAAGACAAAACAUCACAGUCAUGUGAUCUUUGGAUAAUUUAUAUAUCAUUGGGGUCCAGCUUCAGGAGCAAACAGCCUUCGGUGACGGACUCGUGAGUGACCAACCUAAAGACAGGUCUUAAUCUAUAGCAUGUCAUACAGAGAGGACGUUGAGAAUGAGGAGAAAGAGGCGGAGUUGCAGGAUGAGGAAGAGGAGCAGGAGGAGGAAGAUGCGGCCGAGGAACAUGGAGAGGAAGGAGAAGCAAAGCCAAAGCAUAAACCCUUUGUGCCAGCUUUAGUGCCUCCCAAAAUUCCUGAUGGAGAGAAAGUUGAUUUUGAUGAUAUUCACCGCAAACGUAUGGAGAAAGACCUGACGGAGCUGCAGACUCUCAUUGAAGUGCACUUCGAGAGCAGAAAGAAAGAAGAAGAAGAGCUAAUCAACCUCACCCAGCGGAUUGAGAACCGCAGGGCCGAGCGGGCGGAGCAGCAGCGGAUCCGCACAGAGCGGGACAAAGAGCGGCAAAACAAACUAGCCGAGGAAAAAGCACGAAAAGAGGAGGACGAGGCCAAGAGGAAGGCGGACGAUGACGCUAAGAAGAAAAAGGUUCUCGCAAGCUUUCAGUACACGGGAUACAUGCAGAGGACAGAUAAAAGGGGCGGACCUAAGAAGCAAACUGAGAGAGAGAAGAAAAAAACCAUCCUGAGUGAACGGCGUAAGGAAAUGAACGUGGAAAACAUGAGCGUCGACAAGCUGAGAGACGCUGCCAACGAGCUCUGGACGUGGAUGCGCCAGCUCGAGGCCGAGAAGUUUGAGCUGCAAUACAAAUACAUGUGCCAGAAGUACGAGAUCACCGUUCUCAGGAAUCGAGUCAGUGACCAUCAGAAAAUAACAAAAGGAUCCAGGACUAAGAGAGGACUAAGAAAAUAAUACAGAGAUGCCAGCAAACUCAUCAUACAACAUCAUUUGCAUUGAUAAUACGUUUAAAUAUAAUUCUGACUGAACUGAAGACCUACAGAGAAAGAAAUCAGCAGUCUGAAGAGAAUGAACCGAGUGAAGCUGGCUUUUAAGAUUAAAUGAUCUUGUUGAUUUAAUGAAUCAUAUGCAUAAUGUGAAAGUUGGCAUGCAUUUUCAAAGCACGACUAUAAAUCAAAUAUUACCGGGAAGUAAAGAUGUUACAGUUAAUCAGUUAAAUCAGUUUCUUUUUGCAUGGGUGAAAUUGUGAUUCUGUAAAAGUUAUAAAUAUUUAACAAUAAAGUGUGACAGAGACAUGG